UCAUUCUUUCGUUUCCUUCCCCAUUCUUAUACUGAUUCUUUUUUCCUUGCCCUUGAAUAUGAUUUUAGUGAGAGUUCUGUAAACUCGUCACAACCAACCUAAAGGGAGGGCAGAGCCUUCUGCGACCGAAAGCCCAGACGCAGACGACUCGACGGGAAAGCCGAGCUUGCAGCUGCCAACAGCGCCAAGAGCCAGAGAACUUCGUCCCGGCAACACCAGGCACAUGGUGGGGAGCUCUAAGAGCACCCUGUUGCGACAUCCACCUCCCUAACGCGAGCUUCCAUGCCGACCGCUACAAAACCAGAUAAAAACAUCAAUCCCGCUCCAUAGCCAAUGCCGUCACGUCCCUACAAAGCACCCCCAACACUCGACAGCAAGAGUUAAGCAAACGGACAACCGCCAAGGACGACACAAUGGCCGACCCGUUUGAAGUGCGCAUGCGGUUUACCAACCAGCUUCGCCAGCUAAACGCGUCGGUGACAUCGGCACAGAAGGCAGCACAGUAUGCUCUGAAAUACCGAGACAUGGCCGAAGACUUGCACUCAUGCAUCCUGGAACAGCUCGAGAGGAAUAAUAUGAACACGCGAGCCAAUAUCAUGUACUUCAUCGAGCAUUUUCUCGACAUAGCCCAUAAGGACGGCUACGACGACUAUGUGCGCAUGAUGCAGCGCGACAUCAUCCGUGUGGUGGACGCGGUAGCGCCAGAUGAUGGGUCCGGGGCGGCCAACGUCAAGGUUGUCCGGAAGGUCCUCCACGCCCUCCAGAGCAAAACCUUCCUCGAAGCCCAGGCGGUAACCCAAAUCGAAGAAGUCCUCAAAGAGCGCGACGCCUCGGCCCAAGACAUCGCCAUGUCCUCGCCCCCCCUCAACGGAGACGGCAUCCCCGACAACCUCGGCGACAUGCCCCCGUCCCGCACGAUGCCGCCUUAUAACAACAACAAGAAGGGCAAUGCCCCGCCGAAGCUAGACAAGAAGCAGACCGAGCAGCGGAUCGAGGAGGACCGGGAGCGGCACAAGCGGCAGCGGGAGAACAUCUGGGCGGUCCCGCCCGGCGAGGACGCCGAGAUGGAGAAGCUGUGGGAGGAGACCAGCGAUCUUGGGGAGGAUGACCAUCGCAUGGGGGAGGAGGAGUGGGCAGAGUGGAAGGCUGAGUUCGAGGCACGGCGGUGUGUGCAUCGUAAGGAGGAUGCUAAUGGCGCGCAUUAAGGCGGCGUCUGGUGGAUGUGGGUAUCGGAUACUGCAUUGCGUGGCGUUGAGGGGUUAGUAUGGUAAAAUCCUGGAAUGGCGUUCAUUAAGAUAAAUAUGGUUGGGGGGAUGCGCUAGUUUUUUCUGCUUUGAAUCAAGCAUAUUAUCUCGAUAUUUGGUUUGAAUAGAGAGCGAAUACACCAAUUCGAACAGUCA